CUCAAAGUGACCGAUUUUGGAUUGGCGCGGGUAGUCGAUCCGGCAUCGCCCAUGUUACAAACGCGAUGCGGUAGUGAAGAAUAUGCCGCACCGGAAAUUGUGCAAAAUCUGGGGUACGAUGGCCGUUUAACGGAUACAUGGGCGUUGGGGAUUAUACUGUAUGCUUUG